UACACGGUGUCUGUGUUUAUUCUAUCUUCACGAUCAGCAACAGGAGCUUUCGAUUUGAGUGCGUAGAAUGCUAGAAUAUACUAUCGUACUUUUGACAGCCUUAUUCCGCACUUCCGUUGCUGGCAGAAUUGGAUUGGAUACGAUACGGGGAUUAUCCACAGACGAUUUUCGCUGCUUAAUAAACAACGGAUUUACAUUCUACGUUGGUAGAGUGUGGAGGAGCACAAGAAAUCACACGAACUUUUACGAUAUGAAGGGCAUGCAGAGUAUGAAGAAUGCUUAUGAAGCUGGUUUUAAAGUCUACGCCUAUAUUUCUCCUUGUUUGGCUAAAAGAUGUGCGCUUCCGCAAAAUCAGGUUGAGGCCGCCAUAAAUCGUUUGAGAUCAGAUGGUGUUAAAUAUAAUAUGGUGUUUCUGGAGAUAAAGAAUCCGCGCUUGAUUUCAACUACAUCGCCCAAUCAAUUUAACAACCGCUGGCCCAGUAAUCAGAUGGCCAACCGAAGAACCAUCAAUGCUAUGGGCAAAAAAUUGGAUAAAAUGGGUGUCAAUUGGGGGAUUUACACAAACGAAAAUGACUGGGAGAGUAUCGUUGGCUUGAAAUUUGACCUGUGGAAACAUAAGAAACUUUGGUGGGCAUUUUACGGAAAUAACGAUGGGACACGAAAGAAACACUUCUUCACCCCAUUCGCGGGAUGGACAAACUUUUACAUUCACCAAUAUGGGGGAAAUCUUAAGGGACCAUGCGGAUUUGCGCUUCAUCUUAAUUACAAAGUUGGGGGAAGUCCUUGA